GUGAGCGCGCCUUCCACCCUAAGCAGGGAUUCGCAUUUCGGUCGAUCGGUUUAGGACCAUAGCGCUGAUCCGAUCAUCGAUCCCUUCGCGCGAGUGAUUUGGUUCGAAAUCGGCUGAUCUCGCGGUUUCGCCGCGAUCCACAGUGACAAGUGUAUCCGCGAGACCGAUUCUUUCCGGCACAGCGGAGGUGGACGACCUUCAUGCGGUGCUAUACGCGUCCCAGAAGGAACUUGGCACGAAUUCGCCACCGUGGGCUACUGACCCGAAGUGUGAUUUGGUAACGGGAUUAUGCGACUGUAACACUUUCUCUCAAGAAAAUAAAUUAUAUAUUUUUCACCAAUAAAUAGAUAGCAUAACGCGUAGAUAAGUAAUUUCUCUCUGGCAAUCGAUCAUUUCCGUCUGUACCUGAAAUCUCACCGGAUCGAUUAAUAAAUCCGCCGAUCGAUCCGAGUGAUUAGAGAAUGCAAAUGCUUCCGGAUUUUCCGCCUGAACACUCUUAUUCUUCUUGCGCGACUAUAAUUAUCAAGAGCGGAGCAGCGUGAAGCUCGCGGAGGAUGACGGAUGCGUAAUGAGGAGAGUGGGCGGUAGUCCCAAUAUAUCAGAGUGCAACGUAAAAUGUUUCCGUGUGCGAGAUACGGCGGCGAUAGCCCGUAACAUCACCCCAUAACGAACGCUCGAUGUUGUCGCGCGAUACAACGAUACGAAGUGUCACCUAACUUAUCGAUUCUUCCGUCCCACGUUCUCGAAAACAUCAUUACGUCAUUGUUGUCGAGCGAUGACGGAGGAGCCAGCGGUGGAUCAUUUGCGCGCGUGAGGCUUAGUGGUGUAUGAAGUGAACGCCAAUAGACUGUGCAAGAAUGUACAAUUACCCGAUCGAGUAACCCCGUUAAACGACGCUGAAGUUUGCGUACAUAAAUAACGCGCGUAAUGUAUAUCGCGCCCUUAAGAAGCCGCGCGACUUACCUGUAAUCCUCAGUUUUACGUCGAGAGUCUACCGGCUAAUAGUACCUUGCGUGCUCCGUGAACUGCACUUAAGCCUCUUCGUUUCAAAGCGCAGGUCGAGCCCCCGUCUUGCCUCGCUCGUUACCGUUAAAAGUGUAUAUCGGACGUUUUAUAUCGGCGGCGUGACCGCCGUGUGUGUGAAAAUCGGCCGUUGCGGAGAGGACUCGGGCGCCGGGUCGAAUCGAUGCGACGGACUCUCUCGUCCUUCGCGUCUAACAACGAGAUGCGUACAUUAGAGCCGAGAUUCCGGACGACCUGACGGAUCUCCGAGGAUUUGUCUCAUUGAAAGGUAUCAGCCGCGUUGGCUUUCGACUUAAGCACGGGAUUUAAGGAGGACGGUAUCUGCACGGGCAGGCGGGGGGACGGGUGGAAGAGCAAGGAUUCAUUCCGCUUACAAUGGAGAGGAUGCUUUUGCUGAUGAGCUUGCUGGCCCGGUUCGUCGUGGCGGAAGUUUUGCUCGGCGACAUCGACGAGCCACUGCCUAUAUUAGAUGUUAGCGCAGUGGCCGGUUUCAAAGCUCAGAUACCUUGCGACAUCGAUCCGCCGACUCAGGACGAGACGGUCAUCAUGGUAUUUUGGUACAAAGACGAAAAGGAUGGCGAGCCGAUAUACAGCGUAGACGCUCGAGGAAGGCAAAUGGCUAAGGCGAAGCUUUGGUCGGAUCCGUAUGUGUUUGGUGAAAGGGCGGUUAUGAGGAUGAACGUAAAGCCCGCCGAGCUGGAGAUAGAUCCUUUGGAGUCGACAGACGGUGGGAUAUACAGAUGCAGAGUGGAUUUUAAGAACAGUCCAACGAAGAAUCAGAAAAUGAAACUGAUAGUCAUAGUGCCGCCGAAAAAACCGGUGAUAUAUACCGGCGCCAACAGGAGCCUGGCCAAAAUACUGCAACCGUUUAACGAGGGGAGCAAGAUGUCCCUAUUGUGCGAGGUGAUUGGAGGGUCGCCUCCGCCAAAGGUCAUGUGGUAUUUCGAGGGCAAAAUCCUAGACGACACGUAUACGCAGGAGCACGACGAUAUAACGAUAAAUCGGCUGGAUAUCUCUGAGGUCACCAGGGACUUCCUGAGGGCGAGGCUAAUUUGCAAGGCGAACAAUACUCAGCUUAUGACACCCCUGACCUCUGAGAUCAUCUUGGACGUGAACCUGAAGCCUCUGGGAGUCAACAUUACGAGUAAGCGAUCGCAUUUAUCGGCGUUAAGAACUUACGAGAUCGAGUGUAUCAGCUCGGGUUCCAGGCCAGAGGCGGUGAUCACUUGGUGGAAAGGAACUCAUCAAGUCAAGCACAUGGCUAGAAAUUUCGCAGACAGUUCGAACGUCACGAGAAGCGUGCUGAGCUACGUGCCGACCAUCGAGGACGAUGGGAAAUUUCUAACAUGCAGAGCGGAAAAUCCCGUGGUGCCUAACAGUGCCUUGGAGGACAGAUGGCACUUGCAGGUGUACUACGCACCGGUGGUGAGCAUUAAGCUGGGUUCCAAUUUGAAGGCGAACGAUAUAAACGAGGGCGACGACGUUUACUUUGAGUGCGACGUACACGCGAAUCCAGAGUCCUACAAGCGACUUUGGUUUAAAGACGGUAAGGAGUUGCAUCAGAAUGCGACCGCGGGGAUUAUUCUACCCGGCGAGCACUCAUUAGUAUUGCAGAGUGUAACGAAAGCCUCUGCCGGGGAAUAUUCCUGCAUGGCAGUCAACACUGAAGGAAGAUCCACCAGCAGACCCGUGACUCUUGAAGUAAUGUACGCACCGAUCUGCAAGGACGGCUCUUCCACCCAAGUGGUUGGCGCCCUGAAGCACGAAACGAUCUCGCUGGUCUGCGGCGUGCAGUCAAAACCGCCGCCCACAACUUUCUACUGGAGCUUCAACAACUCUGGCGAGCUGAUGAGCGUGCCGGCCACCAGAUUCGCGCAGGUCAAGCCGCUCAGCCUGAUCACGAGCCACUGGCACGGCUCCAGACUGAAUUAUACGCCGGAGAACGACAUGGACUACGGCACCGUCGCCUGCUGGGCGAGAAAUCGGAUAGGGAAGCAGAGGACGCCCUGUCUCUUUCAGAUUAUCGUCGCCGGGAAGCCUUACCCCUUGCAAAACUGUACGGCCUUACAGUCAACUGGACCCUAUGCGUAUCGAAUGGGUCACGAAGACUUUAAAGCGACGGACGCGAGGGACGCGGACUGGCUGAUCGUCAGGUGCUCCGAGGGAUUCGACGGUGGUUUGCCCUUGACUAAUUACGAGCUGGAGGUCUACAGUGAGGAGAACGUUUAUCAUGUCAAUACCAUCUACCUGAAUCACACCGACCGAUCCGGCUUAUCCGGUCCAGUUUUCGAAGUUCCCGGCUUGGAGCCCGGACGGAAUUACAGGCUGCAUCUUUACGCGGUUAACGCCAAGGGUCGCAGCGAUCCCGUCGUCUUGGAACCGGUCACGCUCAAAGGAGUGGCGAUGUACACCACUGGUCGCGGGAUCUCGGACGAGACGACCGAUUACAGCCUCCUGGUGGCGUGCUUCGCCGGCGGUGUAACCGCCAUUUGUAUUCUGAUCGUCGGGAUAACGCUGACCCUGUACCGUCGCAAUCAUCCGACGAAUCGGGGGACGAAGACGCAGACGGCGACGGAGCAGCCAGCGCAUUACGAGAGCAAGGAGGAUCGCUUGGCGGUGCCGCCGGUGACGGGCGAGGCACAUCGGGACGAAUUCAAGGAGCAGAUAAACGCGGAACUGCCGGACGACGAUCCGGACGUAAUACCAAGCAAGGCCGUCGAGAGACGGCCGGACAUCUUCGAGCCAGGCUACGUGUCCGGCAGGCCGUCCGAGCGGGCGAAGGACUUCAGGUGCCUCGAGGAUCUCGAUUAUCCGUCGCCCGCGUCGGUGCUACACGCCAAGGACUCCUGGAUCUAUCCAAACGGCUACGUGGAGAAGGGCGAGAAGAGUCUGAGCCCGUUACGGCCCAGCACGCUGCCGGUGCAUCGCAAUCAUGAUAUCUAUACGAGGAGUCUGCGUGUACAGGAGAGUUGUAUAUAAACAGGGGGGGUGCGGAGAACGCGUGGUUAACCCUUUCCGAUAACACUCGCCAAACCGUCGUACGCGAUUAACGACGCUUGUAAAUAGACAAUAACUAUCGUUA